AAUUGUUUCCCAUUCUCUAUAGACUGUCGACAUCAAACAGUCUCUUGAUGCUUGUGAGCCCCAGGUAGGUGUCUCUCUUUCAGAAAUGAAGGAGGAGUUGGUGAGAGUCAUCCAGAAGGAGAUGAAGAUGGCAGCAGGGGCCGAAAAUCUGUACCAUGCCACCAAGGACAGAAAGACCAGAGCCCUGAUGAAGGAGCUGAGGAAGAGCAGUGAGAAGAGGCUGAAAGCCCUUUACUCCUCUCUCCUCAAGCUCAAUGAGGAGAUAGUUCGGAGGGAAGCAGAGCAUGUUCCAGAUGCAGCAGUGGAGACUGCUAGUGACACUGGUGUAAACCUCCCAGCAGAAGAGGUCAGCGCAGAAGAGGUCAGCGCAGAAGAGGUUCAGGUUGUUUCAGAACCUGACAGUGAUUCUUUCCAAGUGAGUAUUUUAUACUGAUGCCAUUCAUUUCUUGGCCAGAACAUAAACAUUGCUUUUAUCAUAUCCAUGUGAUGCC